GGAUUGACUUCUUCCUGGAGCCCGAGUGCAGAACAAUGAAGCUUUACCUUCUGAUGGCAUUUCUGGUGGAACUGACGUGUGUCCACGGGGCAGAUGUGACAGAGUCGCCCCCAGACGCAGGUAAGCCGGGGGUAUGUCCAGUGCUGGAUCCUUUUGCCCUUGAGGUUUGCUUCCCAAAAUGCAAGAGCGACUUAGAUUGUGAAGGUGUCCGCAAAUGUUGUAAGACCUCAUGUAACGGAUAUCAGUGCCAGAUCCCGGAUGAGAAGGCCGGGUCCUGCCCUCCUCCUGAGGACACCAAUGGGACAACCUGCAACCCAAGCGGUCUUUGCUCCUCCGAUAACAAAUGUGAUGGGGAACAGAAGUGCUGCCCCAACGCCUGCAACAGCAAAUCCUGCCAGAAUCCGGUAUGAAGUACAAAACGGAAAUGAAGGAUCAGAUCAAGGAUGAAGAACUGCAGAGCCACCUUUCUUUCUAGACAUUUCUGACUAAUUCUACCCCAUGAAAUGUAUUUACUUUUAUGAAAUCUUUUGUACAUUGCAAUUAAAUAAAUAUUAAAAGAA